CGGUUGUAAAGGAAAAAUAAAUGCAGUCACUGUGGUGGCGUCUGUGUGUGUGUGUGUGUUAGACUGGUUGCAGAGGCGAUCCACUGAAACAUCGGUUUGGGUUUUAAUUACAAGAAUUUCGGGAGGAUCAGGAACUGUGACGGGUGAUCGGAUUUAAAAGAAGCUUUUAAAAUAUUAUUAAGACACAGAAGAGCCGUGAGCAGUAGCGACAAUGUCUCAGGCAAAGGUUACUGAUUUCUUUGCCCAGAAUAAGAAAGCAGGCGGCGUAUUUCAAUCUAAACGACGAAAAACACCAGUUUUAGAAGAUAAUGUGGUCUUGGUAAGCGAAACUGAUCGUCAAGUACAGGGAAAUGCCAGUGCAACCAGGUCGAGAAGCCAAGCGAGUAAAGCAGGAGCGAUGCGGGAAAUGAACACGGCAGUGAAAUCCCUGCCUAAAAAAGUUAGGGCGACUCGAUCCAAGAAAGUUACUGUGAAUGAACAAAAAGGUGAUGAACAAAUCGCCAAGAAUGAGGUGGCAGUGGAUCCGAUCUUGGAGGUUACGACAGCACCAGUUAAUAAGGGUAUCCCCGACUGUUCUGAGGAGAAGGUGGCCAUUGCAAUCGAGGCCCCCCGCACCCCCAAACGCGACCCUGGCCAUGCCGACUCGAUCCUGGUGUCCGCCGUCAAGUCUCCAGGGCACAGCUCCGGGAAGAAACGCACCUGGCAAGAUGCGGAUGGGGAGGCGCACCGGGUCAGAGAAACAGAGACUGUGAAGUCUGCCAGGAAGAAGCUAAUCCUGCACAAAGAGGGAGAAACACAGCAACAGAUUUCCAGUCCUGUAUCGAAAGCCCUUCUCAAGCCCUCCACCCCGUCCUCGGUUGACAAGAAUGUGAAGAACCUGGUGAACCGGAGCGCCAACUCGUCCCCGGCUGGCAAACAGGAGAAGAGUGCCAGCGCUGAGCUGGGGGUGCCUGCGAGCAAGACCGUCUCUAGGGAGGAUCUGGCAUCGCUGAAGGCCCGUCUCCAGAAGAUCCAGGAGCAGAGCCAGCGAGCGGCCCGUCCCCCCGCAGCGUCCACCCCGGCCCCUGCAGAGCUGACCACGCGACUGAAACGAGCGCGGGAGCUGGGGGCCAAGGUGCGAGAGAGGAAAGAGAAGGCAGCUGCUGCUGAGCCGCCAGCAAGCCAGCCCCAGUCUGAAGAGAGUGAGAAAGCACCUGCGUACCAGCGAUACCACACCCUCGCCCAGGACCUCCCACCUGGCCUCACACUGCCCUACAAGUACAAGGUGCUGUCGGAGAUGUUCCGCAGCAUGGACACCAUCGUGGGCAUGCUGUUCAACCGCUCAGAGACGGUCACCUUCGCCAAGGUCAAGCAGGGCGUCCAGGACAUGAUGCGCAAGCAGUUUGAAGAGCACAAUGUUGGUCAGAUCAAGACGGUGUACCCCACUGCCUACACCUUCCGCCAGGAGAAGAACAUCCCUACCUUCAGUCAGACUGUGAAGAGGUCCAGCUACCAGCUCACUGUCGAACCACUGCUGGACGGAGUUUCAGAGAAGACUGAGGGGCGCCCGCAGCUCUCUGCCUCCCGCCUGCUAGAGAGGAGACGCACCUUCAACAGGAACCUUAUUAACAUGGUCAAGGAGCACCACAAGGUGUUCCUGGCCUCCCUGAGUCCUCCCCUGUCUGUCCCAGAUGACAGACUGACCCGCUGGCACCCCCGCUUCAGUGUGGACGAGGUGCCCGACAUCGUGUCUGGUGACCUGCCCCGCCCCCUGCAGCUCAGCAAGCUCACCACUGCGCAGGAGGUGCUAGACAAGGCGCGCAGCAUAAUGACGCCAAAGAUGGAGAAGGCCCUGGCUAACAUGGCUCUCAAGACGUCUGAGAGGGGCAGUGAGGAGCAGAAGGAAUCUCCUGCGAAGCCCUCCCAGACUGACUCUCCCACCCCAGCACCCACACCAGCUGCUUCCAGUGCCCUCAAAGGGGUCUCUCAGUCCCUGCUCGAGAGAAUCCGAGCGAAGGAGGCCCAGAAGCUGCAGGCCCUGAUGACCCGAAAUCCGCAGCAGGAGCAGCGCCUGCUGAUGAUGUCACGGCUGCCGGAGUUGGCGAGGAUCCUCCGCAGUGUCUUUGUGGCUGAGAAGAAGCCGGCUCUCCUCAUGGAAACUGCCUGCAGCAGAGUCAUUGCCAGCUACCGCUCCCUCGUCACUGCAGGUGAGAUGGAGAAGCACCUGAGACUUCUGUCAGAACUGCUUCCCGAUUGGCUUGCCAUCCAUCCAAUCAGAAAGGACAUCUACCUGAAGCUGAACAAGAGUGUGGAUCUGAAUGUGGUGGUGGAGAGGCUAAACCAAAAGACCAAGGAAGCAGAGAGGGCUUGAAACCAUUGCCACAUGAUUGUUUUAUUGAAGUGCACAUUUUAUUAUUUUUUAAUUUUUUAAAUCUACCGUCUCAACCUUAAUGAGCAUAUGGUUUUAAACUUAUUGGAUAGAAGUAAAGUUGGGUGCUUUUUUAAAUCUGAACACUAACGAUUUGUACAGAGCUGUUCUUGGAUCUUCCAGGUAACAGGAUUAUUCUUGGUUUUGCAGUUCUAAAGAACUACUGGCUGAGGACUGUGUGUUUUGUUUUAACAAUCAGGAUCUGUGCACCAGUUGAUUUGCAGUGUUUAAGAAUCUGUAUGCUUUCAUGGUACACUAGUUAAAUAAGAAGUUGUAUUUUGUGAGCAAGACAUGUGUAAAGGGAAAAGGACAAUCCCUACUGGCACGCUGGAUAUAUAAAAGCCUGUUAGCAUUUUAGAUUAUGCUUUUGUAUUUCAUUCACUGCAAUGGAAACGGUAUGACCAGCCUGUAUUGAUAUUUGUAGAAGUCAGUUGAAGACCUUCAUUGUUACAUCAUUAGCGUGUAUACUUGAAUAUUAUGGCUGUUAAAUGGAAUGGCUUGAUUAAAAUUGUUCUGUAAUUA